GUUCCCAAUGGGGCGGCAUUCCAAUCGUUCAAGUUGGCGAGUUUGUACUUUGGUUUUAGGUUCGAGGUGACUCAUCUGUACGGGGGACGAUCCUUUCCGGUCCGGGUAUUGCUGAAUCCCAGGGAAGAGACGGAGUACGUGGAGAGUCGGGGACCGGGAUCCCGGCUUCCGUCCGCCACCCUCUAUGACUUUCGACGGAGAACCAUCGCCUUCAGGGACGGGUCGGCCGGAAGAUGCUUCUUGGCUCGAAUGGAAGAAGAGACGCUGCAGUCGGAAGAGAAGACGCUUCGGGAGCUACAGGUGAGUCGCGCUUCUCCACGAGCGGGCGGCGCGAGAGACGGACGACUAAAGAUGGGCUUUUCCCACCGCAGAGCAAGAAAGUGGGGAGCGAGUCGAUGGACACUUUCUACGCCAAGAACCGCACCCUGUCGGAGCUUCGGGUCUCUUCACUGGCCGGGGACAAAAUCGCCGCCUUCUGCCGAGGUCUGCUGGUUUCCGUCGUCGUCCGCCGAAAAAACAGGUCGAAAAGAAGCACGAACGAAGAUGACGGACGGUUUGUGCAACGUACAUAUGGACAUUACGGACAUCAGAGUAAUAAUUAUGCUCAUUACGGACACGAGACGGUGACGUCUGGUAAAGUGGGGCAGGAUGGAAUUCAGAAACAAGCUUUGCGUCAAUAUCAGAUCGACCAAAGAGGAACGGGUCAAGGAACAGACAAGUUUCUCCUUCCUGGUGAGCCCUCGAUAUCCGGUCCAGGUACUUCUGGUCAGUUUUCUCUUGAGUCCACCCAUGGCGGAAGUUAUCGGCUGGAACAACCUUUUGGUCUCACUGCUGGAAACUCGUAUCAAGGAGGCGUUGAAACUCGAGGACAAUUCGGAGUAGGUCCUGGAACAAAAUAUCCAGUUGGACCACCAAUAUCUGGUAUUGGAUAUCCACAGAUCCCUGGAGUUGUACCUAGUGUCCCAGGCAUUCCUAGUGUAUCAAGUAUACCAGGGAUACCCGGAGUUGUUACAGGCCACCUAGGACUCCCCGGAUUUGUUCCAGGACAAUCAGGCAUAUCUGGGGUUAGCAUUCCUAGUGUACCAAGUAUACCGGGGAUACCCGGAGUUGUUACAGGCCACCCAGGACUCCUCGGUGUUGUUCCAGGACAAUCAGGCAUAUCUGGGGUUAGCAUUCCUAGUGUACCAAGUAUAUCGGGGAUACCCGGAGUUGUUACAGGCCGCCCAGGACUCCCUGGAGUUGUUACAGGCCACCCAAGUAUACCUGGAAUUGCUCCAGGGCAACCUGGGGUUGUAUCUGGUUUUCCAAGUGUUCCAGGAGUUCAAGAAAUGCAUUUAGUAUCUGGAGAUGGUCGUGGAGGUGCUGCUUCACAAACACAGGUUCAAGUGGGUGCAGAGGGUAAUUCUGCACAAGCUGCAUCUGCUGGUCAUUUGAAUUCCUUAAAUUCUCAGACUCAAGUACAGGGAAGCCAUGCUGGAAAUGGAUCAUUUUCAGCACAAGCUCAAUCGGGAUUUACUGGGGGUAAUACUCAAAGCCAAGUAAGAGGUAAUAAACAGGGUAGUGCAGCUGGUUCUGGAGCUAUUGUGGAUACUGUAGGUUCUGCACAUAGUCAGGUUCAAAUGGCUCAACCAAGCGGAUCAUCAUCUGGUAGUGCUCAAGGCAGAUUCAGAAGUGGAAGUUUACAAGUUUUAACACAGGGAGGAAAAGAAACAGGAAAUGCUGCUUCACAAGCAAUAUCUAUUGGUUUGUCAUCUAGUCAGUCUCAAGUCCAAGUUUCAGGAAAAGAAGUAACUAGCAGAGAUGGUUUCCAAGGAGGAGCAUCUGCUUCUGCUCGAGGUGGUGACAGUGGAGGUCAAGCACAAUCCCAGUUGCAGGGUGCUUAUACUUCUGGAAGAACAUACACAGCUACUGGUCAAAGUGGAAUUGGAUCUUCUGUUUUACAACUCGGUAUUUCAAUUCCAGGACGUCCUGGCAUUCCAAGUCAACCAGGUACAGGAAUAGCAAGACCAAUUACUCCUGGAAUUUCUGCACCCCAACCUGGAACACAUGUUCCAGGAAUUCCAAGUCAACCAGGAAUAAGCAUAGGUAGACCCUCUGUCCCUGGAACUUCUGUUCAACAACCCAGUUAUCCAAGUAUUCCAAAACAACCAAGUGUUCCAGUUGGACAACCUGAAAUCCAAAUUCCUGGCUAUCCUAGCAUUCCAGGUCAACCAAUUCCUCCUGUUUCACAACCUGGGAUCCAAAUUCCUGGCUAUCCUAGCAUUCCAGGUCAACCAAUUCCUCCUGUUUCACAACCUGGAAUCCAGAUUCCUGGCUUUCCUAGUAUCCCUUCUAUUUCACAACCUGGUGUCCCAAUUCCCGGCUAUCCAAGUGUUCCAGGACAACCAACACCACCUGUUUUACAACCUGGUAUACAAAUUCCUGGAUUUCCUGAUAUUCCUAGCCAACCAUUUCCACCUGCUCUACAACCUGGAAUUCCAAGUCAACCUGGUACCCAAAUCCCUGGCUAUCCAAGUAUUCCAGGUCAAGUGGAUCGUCCCAUUCCCGAAAUUCAAAUUCCUGGAUAUCCCAGUAUUCCUGGCCAACCACUUCCUCCAGUAUCACAACCUGGAAUCCAAAUUCCUGGAUUUCCUAGUAUUCCCAUUCUGCCAGGAAUAGACUCUCAGAGACCUGUUGUACCAGAUGUUCCACAACCAGGCUUUCCAAGUUGGCCUGGUGUACUAGUCACACCUAGACCAUCAUGUUGCGAUCCAAAACCAAUUGUUUCAGAAGACAGUACAGAUUGUUGCGAUCGCAAGAAAUGGAAGAAGUAUCGCCCAUCUUGCUGUAAAGACAUUAUCGACGAUUUUGACGAAGAUGAAGACGAAGACUGUAGAAUCGUCAAGGCUACUUGUUACAUCGUAUAUAAAUCUGCAGGCAGAGCGAGAAUUUGUCGUCCCCUACAAACCGAUGGAUGCUAGUUCACCCUCAAGAAAUACCAUAGUCAAUGUUCCUUCAUUCUCUUUCCUCUAGCAACAGAAUUUAGUUUUCACCAUUUUGUGCAUUUGUUCCAUUUCGUCAACUAUCGAAAUUCCCGUAUGUCUCCAACGGUACAUUAUUCAUCUGCAUGAGACUUUAUAAUUUAUAUGAUUUUGUAUUUCAAAUAGAAAAAAUAAAAUGACAAAUUUUGUCA